AUGGCCGACGAAAUCACUCCGAGCGAACAGGCAUCAGACACGGUCGCCCAUGCUGCCGUCAACGGGGCUGAUACAGCUGCCAACACCUCAACCCUUGACACACCGCAUAUAGAUGUGGUGAUGACAGACACAGCAGUUGAUCAAGCUUCUCCUGCUCUUGCGAAUGCCGCUGCGAGCCCAGCUCCAGCUAGAAUCGGCACACCAGCCCAAGCAUCUCGUGCUCCCUCGGUCCAUCCCGAUCCAGGUUUCAGCAUACCUUCCGAGGCCGUCCCUCACGGGGACUCGACGCGACGCUAUUUGAACACCAAGGUCACCGGCGCUCUUCUCGAGGGAAUGAAGAUGCUAGCCAAAGAACAGCCAGACGAUCCUUUACGGGUACUUGGUGAAUAUCUGAUACAGAAAGCAAAGGAAAUCGAAGGCUCAAAUUAG